AUGGAAAAAAAGAAUGUCGAAGAUGGCUCAAAGCCCGUCGUCGAGACAGCACCUGUCACGUAUACGGUCUUUGGGCCUAACCAGAAACGAUUGCUCAUUGCACUCCUUGGAUUUGCUACCAUCACCUCCCCACUGACAGCUACGAUAUAUUUUCCUCUUCUGCCUCUUCUAAGAGAGCACUUUCACACCACUACACAGGCCAUCAAUCUCACCCUGACAAUCUAUGUCAUCUUCCAGGCAAUCUCUCCGGCGGUGAUCGGACCACUGUCGGACAACAUGGGCCGGAGACCGGCAUACCUAUUCACCCUGUCACUGUACACGGCGGCGAACCUGGGCUUAGCUCUUAACAGGAACCACUACGGGGUCUUGCUGGGAUUGAGAGCAAUCCAGAGCCUGGGAGCAAGUACCGCUUACGCCAUCAGCUUUGGUGUUGUUGCGGAUGUCUGUGUGCCGAGUGAAAGGGGCAGGAUGCUGGGACCAGUGAGCAUGGCGUUGAACCUUGGGGCUUGUAUUGGCCCAGUGGUCGGUGGAUGGGUCUCAUACUCCAGCGGCAGCUUCGAAUGGAUCUUUUGGGCCCUUGUCAUUGUGGGCGGGCUGCUUUUAUUCUUUGUCGGAACCUUCUUACCAGAGACAGCUCGAUCGCUUGUGGGCAAUGGGGCACAGCGAGCAAGCCUACCACUAUGGGAAUGGACGUGGUUGCGUAUGAUUCAGCGACUUACUCCAAUCGACCUGCUAAGGAGGAGCGCGAAAAGAGGGCGUGAGUCUUCGCGAGGAAGGCCAGACGAGGAUCCGGGAUCGCCAUCGUAUCCAAAGUCGGUCUCGCGGCUACGGAUGAGCAACCCACUCACCUGCCUGCGGAUCAUUUUCCACCUCGAUACUUUCUUCGUGCUCUGGAUGCAUGGAUCGUUCUACACGGUGGACUACUCGCUUGUUGCCGCCAUCCCGGACAUCUACAAACAGAUCUAUCGCUUCAAUGAGCUCCAGAUCGGGCUGACAUACCUGCCGCGCGCCGUCGGAAUCAUCGUGGGCGGUUAUUUCAUUGGCAGGGUCAUGGAUUUCAACUACAAAGCCACAGCUAGGCAGAUCAAUUGGAGUAUCGACAGUGUAUCAGGUGACGAACUGAGGGAGUUUCCGAUCGAACGAGCUCGCGCCCGCGGGAGCGGCUGGCUCCUGCUCGUUUCCACCGCUGGCCUCGUCGGAUACGGCUGGGCUGUACAUUACCACGUCCACGUAUCCGUGUUGCUGAUCUUGCAGUUCAUGCAGGGGUUCUGGGGGACGUGUUUCUACACCGUCUACAACACGUUGCUGGUCGAUGUAUUUCCGCAAGGUCCGAGCGCCGCCGCCGCCGCGGCGAGUAUCACGAGAUGUGCCAUGGCGGCUGCAGGCGUCGCAGUGUUGCAACCUCUAUUCGACGCCGCAGAGAGAGGCUGGUACUUUACCGUCCUGGGGUUAUGGGAGUGGCACUAUUGGCGGGGUGGCGUUGUGGUGUAUCAAGAAGAAAGGGAUGGGUUGGAGAAAGCGGCGUUUGGACCGAGCCAGUGCGGCUGA